GACAACAUGUAUCUCAACAUUAUUUUAUGUGUUCUGUCUAUUUAUUUCAGUUCCCUGUGCGGUCAGAUAACCACCAACGCUUCAGACGCCGAGCCAGACCUGUCUGUUAGAUUGUCAUUGUUGGAGAGAACUGUGGGAAGAAUUCUUACCUGGAAAGACCAAGUGAACCUGACAAGCAAUAGAACAUCUGGAGGCAUUCCUGUCUUCAACAGCACACCGGUUGCAUUUUGUGCUAGGUUCAAAAAUGACCAUGGUGGAAUAAGCGUAGGAUUCAUUCUGAAGUUUGAUGUUGUAAUCACCAACCUGGGAAACCACUACAAUCCGACCGAUGGAAUCUUCAUCGCACCUGUCCAUGGAGUCUACAUGUUCUACUGGACCAUGCAAUGCUACUACAGUGGAAGCACGCACUGCGGUACAGCCCUCAAAAUAAAUAAUGUAAUGAAAGGAAGAAUACGAUCAGCAGACGCUAAUGGUGGUUAUUAUCAUACUGGAUCCAACUCAGUGAUUGUAGAAGUAGCUGCAGGAAGUCAUGUUUGGAUUGAAAAUGUUGAUUGGUCUAAUGUCGACAUUUACGAGUACUCAUCCUUUGGAGGGACUCUCUUAUUGAUCUUAUAGUAGAUAGAACUGAAGCGCUUAGUAAGCACCAAGCAGACUGUAAAUCAAGCAAAUACGUGAUAAUAUAAAACUAUCCAGGGAAUCCAGGAUAAAAAUAAUGCUUAGGAAUUAUUUUCAUUAUUUAAGCUUUACUUUACCUUUCUCAUAUAAAGAACUUAUUUUAUGCCUAACUUUAUUUUAUUGAUUAUAUAUCAGUUUGAAAUUUGAA